ACACCGCCUCCCCCUCCCCCUUCCCUUUCUUUAUUCUCAAUAUCUCGUCUAGUCGCGGCGCGUUUUCUUGGUCCCCGUCCUUCCCAUUGUUCCACUUCCUAAACCGCGUUUCGUUUUUCUCUUCUCCAGUCUCUCUCUCUCUCUCUCUCUCUCUCUCUCUCUCUCUCUGUGCUAGAUCUGGGGAAUGAGAGAGCGGAGGGCGUGAGCAAAGUGAGGGAUGGCCGGAGGUGAAGGAGAUCAUCGGCGGCGCCACCAUGAUGGGGGUCUUGUGCCGCUGGCGGCUUUGAUAAGCCGGGAGCUCAGAAGUGAGAAAAUUGAGCGGCCAUUGGUGCGGUAUGGCUGCGCCGCUCAGUCUAAGAAGGGUGAAGACUACUUUCUCAUGAGACCAGACUGCCAGAGGAUCCCUGGAAACCCUUCGUCAUCCACGUUCUCCGUUUUCGCUAUCUUUGAUGGGCAUAAUGGGAAUGCGGCUGCGAUUUUCUCAAGAGAUCAUUUGUUGAAUCAUGUGAUGGGGGCGAUGCCGCGCGGCCUUAGCCGGGAUGAGUGGCUUCAUGCUCUGCCUAGGGCUUUGGUUGCUGGGUUUGUGAAAACUGACAAGGAAUUCCAGAGCAAAGGGCAAACUUCGGGGACGACUGUGACUUUUGUGAUUGUUGACGGGUGGACAGUCACUGUGGCGUCUGUAGGAGAUUCUCGUUGCAUUUUAGAUUCUCAGGGGGGAGAGGUUUCGCUCUUGACUGUUGAUCAUAGGCUUGAAGAGAAUGCAGAGGAGAGAGAGCGUGUGACUGCAAGUGGAGGUGAAGUUGGGAGAUUGAGCAUUGUUGGCGGAGCUGAGAUUGGUCCUCUUCGUUGUUGGCCUGGGGGGCUGUGUUUAUCUAGGUCGAUUGGGGAUAUGGAUGUUGGAGAAUUUAUUGUUCCGGUGCCUUAUGUUAAGCAAGUCAAGCUUUCUAAUGCUGGAGGGAGGCUAAUAAUUGCUUCAGAUGGUAUAUGGGAUGCAAUACCCUCUGAAUUUGCUGCAAAGUCUUGUCGAGGGUUACCUGCUGAGCUAGCUGCCAAGCAGCUUGUGAAGGAAGCCUUAAAAUCAAGGGGCCUGAAAGAUGACACCACAUGCAUUGUUGUGGACGUAAUUCCACCUGAUCAGCCAGCACCACCUCCAUCCCCUCCCAAAAAGCAAAAUAAAUUCAAGUCUCUCAUCUUUAGAAAGAAAUCCCAGGAUUCUGCUAGUAAACUGGCAAAGAAGCUGUCUGCAGUUGGUAUUGUGGAAGAACUUUUUGAAGAAGGUUCAGCAAUGUUAGCAGAGAGACUUGGAAGUGACACAAGGUCAGGACAAACAACAACAUCUGGCCUUUUCAUGUGUGCUAUCUGCCAAGUAGACCUUGCUCCAAGUGAAGGCAUAUCGGUUCAUGCGGGUUCAAUUUUCUCGACCAGCUCAAAGCCAUGGCAAGGCCCCUUCCUUUGUGUUGAUUGCCGAAACAAGAAGGAUGCUAUGGAAGGAAAACGACCAAGCGGCGUGAAAGUGAUAUAGGUCUCUCAUGAUCUCUAAUUUUCUACAUCGACCAUUAUUCUUUGAUUAUAUUCUUCGCACCAAUUUCCCGGGCUGCACAAUUAUUUGGUUCUUGGGGAUCAUAAUCCACCUCUUGUGUUUAUAUCUGCAAAGAACGUGACAACGAUGUUUAUGGGUACUGCAAUUGGCAAGUUGUUUUCUUGUGACAAUCAUUUACAUUUGCUAACAAAUUACUAAUAUACUAGUUGUGUCUUAGCAAUGUGGAAAGAGUUGUAAUUAUUGUAUUCCCUAGUGCAGUUAUUAUUUGAUGUGUUCUAGAUUUCAUCAUCAAUAGCUUUUGUAAGAUUGUGAAAGUAAAUGCGUGCGAGUGACAUGUUGGGA